AUGAAGCUGGAUAUGGCCAUGGGCUGCCUGCCGGUGCUGAUAGCUAUGGUGCUGACCCGGACGGAAGCAAUUCCUGGCCCCAAUCCCCUCGGGGUCUUCCCCGAUGCAGGGGGCUGCCACUUGGCCCAGUUCCAGUCUCUGUCCCCGCAAGAGCUGCAGGCCUUCAAGAAGGCCAAGGACACCUUUGAAGAGUCACUCUCCCUGAAGGCUUGGAGCUGCCGCCCCCGCCUCUUCCCCAGGACCUGGGACCUACAGCAGCUGCAGGUGUGGGAGCGCCCCGUGGCCCUGGAGGCCGAGGUGGCCUUGACCCUAAAGGUCCUGGAGACCAUGGCUGACAGGUCCCUGGGGAGCAUCCUGGACCAGCCCCUUCACACGCUGCGCCACAUCCAGUCUGAGCUCCAGGCCUGUGUGGAAGCUCAGCCCCCAGCAGGGCCCCGGCCCCGAGGCCGCCUCCACCACUGGCUGCACCGGCUUCACGAGGCCCCAAAGAAGGAGCCCCUCGGCUGCCUGGAAACCUCUGUCAUGUUCAACCUCUUUCGCCUCCUUACCCGGGACCUGAAAUGCGUGGCCAGUGGAGACCUGUGUGUGUGA